AUGUCUAGAAUCUUCUACUUCUUCUUUUUCUUUUCUUCUUUUUCUUCUUCUUCUUUUUCUUCUUCUUCUUUUUCUCCUUCUUCUACUGCCUCUUCUUCUUCAUUUUCUUCUUCUUCUUCUUCUUUUUCUUCUUCUUCUUCCUCUUCUUCUUCUUCUUCUUCUUCUACUAUGCGCCUUUUUUUUUCUUUCCGCCUCUUUUUCUUUCUUUCUUUCUUUCUUUUUUCUUUCUUUUUUCUUUCUUUCUUUUCUUUCUCAGCAUUUUUUUUUUUCUCUUUCCGCCUUUCUUUUCUUUUUUUUUCUUUCUCAGCAUUUCAUUUUUUCUUUUUCCGCCUUUCUUUUCUUUUCUUUCUUUCUUUCUUUCUUUUCUUUUUCAGCAUUAAUUUUUUUCUCUCUUUCCGCCUUUCCUUUUUUUUUUUUUUCUUUUUUUCUUUCUUUCAGCAUUUUCUUUUUUUUCUCUUUCCGACAUUUAAUUUUUCUCUCUUUCUCUUUCUUUUUAAUUCUUUUUUCUUUUUUUUUUCCGCCUUUCUUUCAUUUCAUUUUUUCUCUUUCCGCCUUUCUUUCUUUUUCUUUCUUUCUUUCUUUCUUUCUUUUCAGCAUUUCUUUUUUUUUCUUUUUCCGCUUUUCUUUUUUUCUCAGCAUUUUUUUUCUCUUUAUUUUUUUCUUUCUUUCUUUUCUUUCUUUUCUUUCUUUCUUUCAUUUUUUUUUUUCUUUCUUUCUUUCUUUAUUUUCUUUCUUUCUUUUUUUCUCAGCAUUUCAUUUUUUCUUUCUUUCCGCCUUUCUUUCUCUUUCUUUCUUUUUUUUCUUUCUUUUUUUCUUUCUCAAUUUUCAUUUUUUCAUUUUCUUUCUUUCUUUCUUUCUUUCUUUCUUUCUUUCUUUCUUUCUUUUUUCUCAGCUUUCAUUUUUUCUCUCUUUUCUGCCUUUCUUUCUUUCUUUCUUUCUCAGCAUUUCAUUUUUUUUCUUUCUUUUCUUUCUUUCUUUCUUUUCUUUCUUUCUUUUUCUCUUUCUUUCAUUUCAUUUUUUUCUUUCUUUCUUUCUUUCUUUCUUUCUUUCUUUCUUUCUUUCUUUCUUUCUUUCUCAGCAUUUCAUUUUUCUCUCUUUCCGCCUUUCUUUCUUUCUUUCUUUCUUUCUUUCUCAGCAUUUCAUUUUUCUCUCUUUCCGCCUUUCUUUCUUUCUUUCUUUCUUUCUCAGCAUUUCAUUUUCUCUCCUUCUCUUUCUUUCUUUCCUUCAUUUCAUUUUCUUUUUUUGCCUUUCUUUCUUUCUUUCUUUCUUUCUUUCUUUCUUUCUUUCUUUUCUUUCUUUCUCAGCAUUUCAUUUUUUCUCUUUCCGCCCUUUCUUUUCUUUCUUUCUUUCUCCGCAUUUCAUUUUUCUCUCUUUCCGCCUUUCUUUCUUUCUUUCUUUCUUUCUUACGGCUUUUCUAUUUUACUUUCUUUCAGCUUAUCUUCCUUUCAUUCUUUCCGCCUUUUUUUCUUUCUUGACAUUUCAUUCUUUCUUUUUUAUUCUUUUUUUCAUCCGUUCAUAUUCUGCCUCUUUUUACUUUCUCAGCCUUUCUUCUUUUUUCCGCUCUUGUUUGUUUGUUUCUUUCUUUCUUUCUUUCUUUCUUUCUCAGCAUUUCAACUUUCUCUCUUUCUGUCUUCCUUUCUUUCUUACAAACUUUCUUUUUUAAUUUCCUUUCUUCUUUCUUUCUUUCUUACUGCUUUUCUUUUUUACUUUCUUUCUUAUUUUCUUUCUUUUUACCAUUCUUUCUUUCUUAACAAUUCAUUCUUUUUCUUUUAUUCUUUUCUCUUUCAUCCGUUCAUAUUCUGUCUCUUUAUUUCUCAGCCUUUCAUUUUCCUUCCGCCUUUUUUCAUUCUUUCUUUCUUUCUUUCUUUCUUUCUUUCUCAGCAUUUCAUUUUUCUCUCUUUCCAUUUUAUUUUUCUUUCUAUCUAUCUAUCUAUCUAUCUAUCUAUCUAUCUAUCACAAUCUGUUCAUUAUCUAUCUAUCUAUCUAUAUAUCUAUCUAUCUAUAGCUCUGUCUAUGGAUUGA